AUGCAGCGCUUGAACACCUACCAGGACAUGCUGAAUCUGCGCAACCCGGAUGCCUUCGACAUGUACACCUUCAACGACCACGCCGGCUACGGCGCCAUCGAGGUGGCCCAGAACAUGCUGCUCGACUUCCAGGAGGCCGCCGGCAACUGGAAGGAGCAGUGGGCCAUCUGCGAGGCGCUCGCCCUGCUGUUCAACACCGACUCGCUCGACCCCAUGGUUGGAAUUGACGACGGCGACCUCUUCGGGGAGACUAUGAUUAUCCUCGAGCUGAUGUUCCUGAGCAUGCUGGCCGACCUCGAGCAACAGGCCGACGCCAUGCGCUCGGACGGGUUCAUCGAGGCGCCAGAGGGGAAGAAGAAGAAGAAGACCUACGCCGGGGAGCACUUCGUACCGUAUCUGCUCGCCUACGGCGCCAAGCACAACAUCACCAUGUACGGGCCGUCGAACAUCGCCGACAUCAUCGCUGAGGCUGAGGAGGAGGCCGAGGAGCAGAACGUGGAACUCCCCGCAGCCGCCCAGGAUCCCUGGGGCUGGGCGACGUGCUUCAAGGCGUACGAGCGCAAGAACAAGGCCACUGCCUAUGGGGCGGGCAGCCGGGGCAAGGCGGCGAUCGGUGGAGACUCCCUCGAUAUCACCACCUACUCGCCCGCCGAGCGCAAGGCGCAGAGCUUCAACAAGAAGGAUCCCUUGACCAAGGAUAUGAUCAAGGCGCUCAAGGACGGCAUGUGUCUGAGCAUCGGCUGA